AUGUCUCGUUUCUACAGUUUGGUCGCAAAGGACAUGAAGGGGAACAACUUCUCCUUCGAACAACUCAAGGGGAAAGUUGUGCUCAUCGUCAACGUUGCCUCGAAGUGUGGGUUCACCCCACAGUACGAGGGGCUAGAAGAGCUAUACAAAAAGUACAAUCCUAAAGGUUUGGAGAUCAUUGGAUUCCCCUGCAACCAGUUCGGGAACCAGGAGCCUGGCUCCUCUGAUGAAAUCACACAGUUUUGUAAGUUGAACUAUGGGGUUAGCUUCCCCAUCAUGUCCAAGAUUGAGGUCAACGGUAGCAAGGAGGACCCAGUUUAUGCGUUUUUGAAGGGGGAGAAAUCCGGGAUGCUAGGGUUGACCAGAAUUAAAUGGAACUUCGAGAAGUUCCUGGUCGACAAGAACGGUAAUGUGGUCGAGAGGUACUCCUCAAUGACCAAACCGGCCUCUUUGGAAACAAAGAUCCAGGAAUUGCUGAAAUAG